AUGCCUCUGUGCCAGGGGCGGGCCACCAGGGGCAGAAAGCCUGAUGAGGAUGGAGCUCAGCCCAUGGCUGCCCUGGGAGGGCUGAAGGUGCUUCUGCACUGGGCUGGCCCUGAUGGCGGAGAGCCCUGGGUCACCUUCAGUGAGGCCUCGCUGACGGCCGAAGACGUCUGCAUACAGAUUGCACACAAAAUUGGUAUCACUCCACCCUGUGUCAAUCUCUUUGCCCUCUUUGAUGCCCAGGCCCAAGUGUGGCUGCCCCCAAACCACAUCUUAGAGGUGUCUGGAGACCCAAGCCUGAUGCUGUAUUUCCGCAUGAGGUUUUAUUUCCGGAACUGGCAUGGCAUGAAUCCUCAGGAGCCGGCUGUGUACCGCUGUGGACCCCCAGGGUCUGAGGCUUCCUCAGAACAGGCAGAGCAUGGGGUGCAACUCCUGGACCCAGCUUCCUUUGAGUACCUCUUUGAGCAGGGCAAGCAUGAGUUUGUGAACGAUGUGGCAUCAUUGUGGGAGCUAUCAAGUGAAGAGGAGAUCCACCACUUUAAGAAUGAGAGCCUGGGCAUGGCCUUUCUGCACCUCUGCCAACUUGCUCUCCGCCACAAUGUCCCCCUGGAGCAGGUGGCCAAGGAGACCAGCUUCAAGGACUGCAUCCCGCGCUCCUUCCGACAGCAGAUCCAGCAGCAUAACGCGCUGACGCGGCUGCGCCUGCAGAAUGUCUUCCGCAGGUUCCUGCGGGCCUUCCAGCCGGGCUGCCUCUCCCAGCAGGUCGUCAUGGUCAAGUACCUGGCCACACUGGAGCGGCUGGCACCCCGCUUCUGCGCAGAGCGUGUGCCUGUGUGCCACCUGGAGCUGCGGGCCCAGGCCGAGGGGGAGCCCUGCUACAUCCGGGACAGUGGGCAGGCCCCUCCAGCCCCCAGCCCCGAGGCUGCUGUGGGCCCCUCCACCCACGAGGUGCUAGUGACAGGCACUGGUGGCAUUCAGUGGCGGGCAGUGAAGGCAGAGGGUUCCAGUGCUGGCAGCGGCACCAGCAGGAGUCCUCAAGCCACCCUAUCUGGGAAGAAAGCCAAGGCACAUGAGGCAAGCGACCAGCCAGCGGACAGGCCACAGGAGCCGCCAUGGGCCUACUUCUGUGACUUCCAGGACAUCACCCACAUGGUGCUGAAAGAGUGCCACGUCAGCGUCCACCGGCAGGACAACAAGUGCCUGGAGCUGAGCCUGCCCUCCCGGGCUACAGCCCUGUCCUUCGUGGCGCUGGUGGAUGGCUAUUUCCGCCUGACGGCUGACUCCAGCCACUACCUGUGCCACGAGGUGGCCCCCCCGCGGCUGGUGAUGAGCAUCCAGGAGGGUAUCCACGGGCCCCUGCUGGAGCCAUUUGUGCGGGCCAAGCUGCAGCUGGAGGAGGGUCUCUUUCUCAUCCACUGGAGCACCAGCCACCUCUACCGCCUCAUCCUCACGGUGGCCCAGCGUGAUCAGGCCCCCAGCGCAUGCAGCUGGCGCCUGCGCAAGUUCCCCAUCACGCAGCAGGCGGGGGCCUUCGUGCUGGAGGGCUGGGGCCGGGCCUUUGCCAGCGUGCACGAGCUGCGGGCCGCCUUGCAGGGCUGCUCCCUGCGGGCCGGGGACGACUGCUUCUCCCUGCGCCGCUGCUGCCUGCCACGGCCAGGAGAGAUCUCCAACCUCAUUGUCAUGCGGGGGCCUCGGGCCAGCACCAGGCCACUGAACCUCAACCAGCUCAGCUUCCACCGCAUCCGCCAGGAGGAGAUCACCCAGCUGUCCCACCUGGGCCAAGGCACACGGACCAAUGUGUACAAGGGCCUCCUGCGAGUGGGAGGCCCCCAGGAAGGCAAAGUGGAUGGUGAGGAAGCUGACAGAAGCCUUGGCCAGGACCUGAGAGUGGUGCUCAAAGUGCUGGACUCCAGUCACCACAACAUCGCCCUGGCCUUCUAUGAGACAGCCAGCCUCAUGAGCCAGGUCUCCCACGUGCACCUGGCCUUUGUGCAUGGCGUCUGCGUGCGCGGCUCUGACAACAUCAUGGUGACGGAGUAUGUGGAACAUGGGCCCCUGGACGUGUGGCUGCGGCGACAGCGGGGCCAUUUGCCUAUGGCCUGGAAGGUGACAGUGGCCCAGCAGCUGGCCAGUGCCCUCAGCUACCUGGAGGACAAGAACUUGGUUCAUGGUAACGUGUGUGGCCGGAACAUCCUGCUGGCGCGGCUGGGGCAGGCUGAGGGCACUAGCCCCUUCAUCAAGCUGAGUGACCCGGGCGUGGGCCUGGGUGCCCUCUCCAGGGAGGAGCGAGUGGAGCGGAUCCCCUGGAUAGCCCCUGAGUGCCUGCCCAGCGGGGCCAACAGCCUGAGCACGGCCGCUGACAAGUGGGGCUUUGGUGCCACCCUCCUGGAGAUCUGCUUUAAUGGGGAGGUCCCCCUGCAGGGCCACAGCCCCUCCCAGAAAGAGCGUUUCUACCAGAAGCAGCACCAGCUGCCCGAGCCCUCAUGUCCAGAGCUGGCCACGCUCACCAGCCAGUGCUUGACCUAUGACCCCAUCCAGCGGCCAUCAUUCCGCACUAUUCUUCGCGACCUCACUCAGCUGCAGCCCCACAAACUCGUUGAUGUCUUGGCCGUGAACCCGAACUCACCGGCGUCAGACUCCAAGGUUUUCCACAAGCGCUAUUUGAAAAAGAUCCGGGAUCUGGGCGAGGGUCACUUCGGCAAAGUCAGUUUGUACUGCUACGACCCGACCAAUGACGGCACUGGCGAGAUGGUGGCCGUGAAAGCCCUCAAGGCGGGCAGCGGCCCCCAGCUCUGCUACGGCUGGAGGCGGGAGAUCGAUAUCCUGCGCACGCUCGACCACGAGCACAUCGUCAAGUACAAGGGCUGCUGCGAGGACCAAGGCGAGAAAUCGGUGCAGCUGGUCAUGGAGUACGUGCCCCUGGGCAGCCUCCGAGACUACCUUCCCCGGCACAGCGUCGGACUGGCCCAGCUGCUACUUUUCGCCCAGCAGAUCUGCGAGGGCAUGGCCUAUCUACACGCUCAGCACUACAUCCACCGAGACCUAGCUGCGCGCAACGUGCUGCUGGACAACGACAGGCUGGUCAAGAUCGGGGACUUUGGCCUAGCCAAGGCUGUGCCCGAAGGCCACGAGUACUACUGCGUGCGCGAGGAUGGGGACAGCCCCGUAUUCUGGUAUGCCCCAGAAUGCCUGAAGGAGUGUAAGUUCUACUACGCAUCUGACGUCUGGUCUUUCGGGGUCACCCUGUAUGAAUUGCUGACGCACUGUGACUCCAGCCAGAGCCCCCCAUCGAAAUUCAUCGAGCUCAUAGGCCCCACCCAGGGGCAGAUGACCAUACCGAGACUCAUUGAGCUGCUGGAUCAAGGGGAGAGGCUGCCACAGCCUGACAAAUGUCCCUAUGAGGUCUAUCUUCUCAUGAAGAACUGCUGGGAAACAGAGGCCUCGUUCCGCCCGACCUUCCAGAACCUCAUACCCAUCUUCAAGACAGUCCACGAGAAAUACCAAGGCCAGGCUCCUUCGGUGUUUAGCGUGUGCUGAAGCACAAUAGCUGUUCUGCUUAGGGGGAUUGGACCAGGCAGCACCUACAGGGAGAGCCUCCUCUUCCCCUCCCCCCUGUGCCUUACUCCUGUGUGGAGACCCCACCUCUGUGAACUGACUUUCUUUCCAUGGCCAUGAGCCUGACCACGACCCUGAAGGAGUCAAUAUGGGCAGGGGGCUAAUCAGACCCUUGAAUCCCAUCCUUUUGUCUUCCGCCAGCUCCCAAACUUGAAACCCACCAUUCCCACUAGCUGGUAAUAAAUUCAUCUUUCUUCUCCUGGA